AUGGCUCAAGAUUUUGCCCAACAGUUUCAGUACAAUAUUGAUAUAGUUCCAGACCGCUCCUCUCUCGUCAACAUAAAGAAGAAACCAACAGAAAGCUUCAGAGAAUAUGUAAUCAAGUGGAGAGAAAAGGCUGCUAGGGUCAAACCACCAAUGAAAGAGGAAGAAAUGAUUGACUAUUUUCUCCAAGCUCAGGAUCCUGAUUACCUCCAUUACAUGUUAGCCGCCAUUGGUAAACCUUUCGCUGAGGCGAUUAAGAUUGGUGAAAUAGCUGAGAAUGGCAUGAAAUCGGGAAAAAUUGUGAGUCAGGCAGCCCUUAAGGCGACCACCCAAGCAAUUCAAAGCGGAUCAGGCAGUUUCGGAAAUCGAAAAAAGAAAGAGGAAGGAUCCAUGAUGGCAUCUGGGUUCGGGGGAGUUCAAAGAAGAAUAGUUCCUUCUUAUGUGCAAUUCCAACAAGGACAAUCCAAUUCUCCUCAACAUUACUAUCCAUCUCAGGGUCCCCAUUACUUAGUUCCCCCACAACAAUACACAGUGUUUAAUGCUCAUGCUUAUGCUAGGCCUCCCAAUCACAAGCAAUGGCGCACACCGAUUCCACAAGGCUCCCAUCAACUCCGGCCGAAUUUUCAGGCGCCAUAUAAUCCCCAUCCUCGACAGGAAUAUGUGAGAGAACAUGAGCUAAAAAAAGAGUUCACCCCAAUUGGGGAAUCGUAUUCAAGCCUAUAUCGAAAGUUGAUGCAGCUGAAGUUGAUUGAACCUAUCAUGCCACAUUAUGUGAAUCCAAGUUCAAAAGGUUUUGACUCCAAUGCAAGAUGUGAGUAUCACUCUAACACCCAAGGUCAUAGUACCGAAAAUUGUUGGACAUUAAAGAAAGCCAUUGAAAAUUUGAUUGAAGCAAAGGCAAUUGUGGUAACAAAUAAUGAGGAUACUCCUAAUAUCAUAAACAAUCUGCUCCCAGCUCAUGAUAAUACAUAUUUUAUUGGGAUGAUUUAUGAUGAUCGGGAUUAUAAGAAGUCUGGAAAGACAGAGAUGGAUGUUGGGACCAUAGGGCAAGAACCAAAAGUGAUAGUGAGCCCACCACAAUUGGCACCGUUGAUUGUGAAAGGUGCGAGUUCUAGUUUGAACUUGGUAGGUUCUGAAAAAAUGAUUCUCUAUGUCCCUAGAAGCACAAAAAAGGUUGAGGUUCAAUUGGGUGGGCCAAAACUUUACAUCCCUGGGGGCAUUCAAAAGAUCGUUCCGAAUAAUAGUUUGAGAAAUAUAACAGAGCCAAUUGUGAUCCGACUUGUUGCAAUAGUCCCAGUGACAAACACAAAACCUAUUCCCUGGAAUUAUAACAAGACUGUCAUGACAUACAGAGAAAAAGAGAUAGUUGAAGAAAUAGAUGAAAUAGAGGGUUUGACCCGCUCUGGAAGGUACUACUCACCAGAGGAAUUGAGAAAAGCUAAGCAAGCCAGGGAAAGUCACUUGCCAAUGAAAGAACCCAUUGCAGAAAAAGAAGGAGAGGAAUUCCUUAAGAAGAUGAAAAUGGAAGACUACUCAAUCAUUGACCAACUAAGGAAAACCCCUGCUGAGAUAUCUUUGUUAUCUCUGCUUUUGCACUCGGAAGAGCAUCGCCGUGUGUUGAUCAAAACUCCUAACGAGGCAUAUGUCUCAGAAAAGACAACAAUUAAUCAGCUAGAAAAAAUGGCUGAAAGAUUCUUUGAAGUAAAUAGAAUUACUUUCAGCGAUGAUGAUUUGCCUGAGGAAGGGGCUGUGCACAAUAGAGCUUUGCAUCUUUUGGUGAAAUGUGAAGGGCACUAUGUAAAAUGA